UCGUGGAAGAGGCAACAGACUGGGUGCUGGGACAGGAACAGACAGGCAAACGCACAGGGUGUGAGGAGCCGAGUGUGGCAGCGUGGGGUGCAGGCCGAUCCUGGGACCAUGGCCAAGCUGGUGGAGUGCGUACCCAACUUCUCAGAGGGAAAUAACAAGGAGGUGAUUGAUGCGGUAGGGCAGGCCAUCUCUCGGACACCAGGCUGUGUGUUGCUGGAUGUGGAUGCUGGUGCCUCCACCAACCGCACUGUGUACACCUUUGUGGGGUCCCCUGAAGCUGUCAUUGAAGGGGCACUGAGUGCGGCACGAGUGGCUGGACAGCUGAUUGACAUGAGCCGGCACACGGGUGAACACCCUCGCAUGGGGGCUCUGGAUGUCUGCCCCUUUGUGCCAGUGAGGAAUGUCAGCAUGGAGGAGUGUGUCACCUGUGCCAACGUCUUCGGACAGCGCUUGGCAGCAGAGCUAGGGGUGCCUGUUUACCUGUAUGGAGAGGCAGCACGGAAGGAAAGCAGGAAAGCUCUGCCUGCCAUCCGCACUGGGGAGUAUGAGGCACUUCCUGAGAAGCUUGCAAAACCAGAGUGGGCUCCUGAUUUUGGGCCUCCAACAUUUGUCCCCCGGUGGGGGGCCACAGUGACAGGUGCCCGGACCUUCCUUAUUGCGUACAACAUCAACCUGCUGUGUACCAAGGAGCUGGCUCAUCGCAUCGCCCUCAACCUCCGUGAACAGGGUCGUGGUGCUGACCAGCCUGGGCGCUUGAAGAAGGUGCAGGGCAUUGGCUGGUAUUUGGAGGAAGAGAAUAUAGCCCAAGUUUCAACAAACCUGCUGGACUUUGAGACCACUCCGCUUCACGCCGUCUAUGAGGAAGUUUGCCGAGACGCAGAGGCACUGAACCUCCCUGUGGUGGGAUCCCAGCUGGUGGGGCUUGUCCCCAAGAAGGCCAUACUGGAUGCGGCUGAAUUUUACAUAAAGAAGGAAAAACUUUUCAUUCUGGAGGAGGAACAGAAGAUUAGGCUGGUGGUCAGCCGGCUGGGCCUGGAUUCCUUGUCUCCAUUUCACCCCCAGGAGCGCAUCAUCGAGUACCUGGUGCAGGCAGGAGAGGUGGAUGAGGGGCUGGUGUCCAAGCCAUUGGGUGCCUUUGUGCGAGCAGUUGGUGGCAGAUCUGCAGCACCGGGAGGAGGCUCUGUGUCUGCAGCUGCAGCUGCCCUGGGAGCAGCACUGGGCAGCAUGGUGGGACUGAUGAGCUAUGGGAAGCGGCAGUUUGAGGAGCUGGACCCCAUCAUGAGGAAGCUGAUCCCUCCGUUCCACCAGGCUAUGGAUGAGCUGGUGGCAAUGGUGGAUGCUGACUCCCGUGCCUUCAGCAGUUACAUGGAAGCUAUGAAGUUGCCAAAAGGCACCCCUGAAGAGCGGGAGAGACGCACAGUUGCCAUGCAACAGGGGCUGAAGACAGCAGUGAAGGUUCCCUGUGCCCUGGCAGAGAAGGUGAGUGGGCUCUGGCCUGCUCUGAAGGACCUGGCACGUCACUGCAACCUGGCCUGCAAAUCUGACAUCCAGGUGGGAGCCAAAAUGCUGGAAACAGCUGUGUUUGGAGCUUAUUUCAAUGUCAUGAUCAACCUCAAAGACAUAACAGAUGAGAAGUUCAAGCUUGCGAUGUCACAGAAGAUCUCUGGGCUGCUGGAGGAGGCGAAGCAAGGCUCGACACUUGUGUUGGCACUGCUGGAUAAGCGGCUGGCCUGAGAGGGGCUUGAGGAUGGGCUUGAGGCUCUGCAGCAGCAAAUACAGCUGGGAACUAUGCUUGUCUGUUGCCUGAGCUCCUUUGGUACCCAUCUCAGGAGAGCUGCCCUGCUCAGGCAGACUCCAGUAUUAUGUCCCCUGCUGACCUUUCCAUGGCCAAGGGUGAAUUUUGCUCUCUAGGGCUUGGACCCCAGUGUCCAUCCCUGGGGCAGAAGGUGGUGUCUGCAUUGCAGUGUCUGGAGCCACAGAGCUCCCAAGAGAGGGAAUGGCCCUGGAGGACAUGACCAUGCAUGGGCACCUCCUGACUCUGCACACCCCUGUGUGUUUUCAUGUCCAGCAAAUCAC